AAAGAUAACAUAACUAAAGAAACAUUUAGGUCAACUGUAUAGAGGUAAGGUUUGUUAAGGUAACGGUUGUAUCCUAGGCUACCUGUUCGUCACCUCAAAAUUAUAAACAAAUGUUUUCUCUAAUUAAGUCUCUCUAUUUACAGUUGAAUUAUGUUUCUUUCAAAUGCAUCAGAAAAAAAUCAUAAACAAACUACUUCGAUGAUGAAUAAUACAAAUCAUAUAAAUCGUGAUCAUUUUGCAAUCGGUGGACUAGAAGAUGAUCUGAUAAACUCGGACCUAGAAUCAUUCAGUUUGUCACCAAAAUCCCGGAGUGAAACUCGUCAAACCAGACGAAAUGCUGAAUCUACCAUUGAACUACCAAAUGACAUUAUGGCAUCUGAUAAUCCUCUUACCCACAUAUUUGGAGAUGGUUCAAAUGAAAUGACACGAGUUGAUGGACGGAGAAGGCGAGGAUCUCUUUUUGAAGAUGACCAAACAGAUGAUUUCAGAUCAUCUCGUAUCUUCUCUGUCAAGGCAUCUGUCAAUCGACCUCGUGAAUUGGAAUCAGAUGAAAACGAGACAAUUCCAUUUAUUCCAGAUAUUGAUGAGCUUGAUGAUCCAAUAAGCAAAGGGCCUCAAGAUUUUGUUGACAAUUUUGUUGUCAACAAAUUAAUAAGCCUACAAGAGCUGGAAAAGGAUAUAAUUAAACAUCAAGCCUUUUCAAAUCUUUGUGGAGUCGAUUCGUCCAUAUUAUCAUCAAGACUGGUCUCACAGGGUCAAGUUAAAGAAGAUGAUGUUCCAUGGACCUGGGAUAGUUUGAUUUCUGAAGUUGCAUCUUACAUUGAAAGGAAAGAUGACGAGUAAUGAAGGAUCAAGUAAACGACAUAAACCAAUUUAGAUGAGAUUUUCAAAAAAUUAUAAUCUUACAAUGUUAGGAUAAAAAUGUCCGAAUUUCAAUUCCUAUAACUUGCCAUGACAUUCUGUGAAUGAUUUGGGAUAAUCUUUCGUAUUCAAGAUCAUCAGCAUCAACAAUUAUUCUGGAGCUAAUCUUUUUCUUGUGAAUGUAAACAUUUACAUUUCUCAAGUUAUAAGAUCUUUUUACAUGUUAUCGUUAUAUUGGUUAUUGUUGCACCAGUAAUAAGCGAGUUCCCACGAUUUGCUUCUUCAAAAUACAUUCAAUAACAAACAAUAUCAAACAACAAUACCAAAUACCGUGCAUAUUUUACAAAUCAUUAAAUGAUGAUCAAAAUUGAUAAA